CUCCUCCUGUCCCAUCCCUGCCACCUCCUCCCGUCCCAUCUCUGUCACCUCCUCCCGUCCCAGCCCUGUCACCUCCUCCUGUCCCAGCGCUGCCUCCUCCCCUUGCCCGCCCUGCCGAGGAUUCCCCUCUCGCAGCUGGCAUGGCUGUGCCGAUGCCAUUCUGGGAUUCUGGAGCUGCUCCAGCCCUGGCGCUGCCCCCGGGAAAUCCCUGCAGGGAACCUCAGCGCAGUGAUGGUUCCAGCAGGGAUCAGAACCUCCCGGGUCAUUCCCAGGCCAGGAGGGACCGUCCCUGUCCCCAGCCCCGCCCUGUGCCCCAGGCAAGCUGAGGUGUCCCCAGGGUGUCCCCGGGCAGGUUGGGGGGUCCCUGGGGUGUCCCUGGCGUGUCCCUGGGCACAGAGGCUGCAGGAACCCCGGGUUUGUGUAUCUCUGUGUUUAUUGACACAGAGGGGACACAGCAGCACAGCUUUUGGUGCCAGCUGUGCCACCUGUCCCUCCAGCUGUGCUGGUCCCUGCACAUCUGGCAGCGUCUGCAGCGGGCCCCUGGGGCCGUCCCCAGCUGCUCAGCUGGGUGCAGCUGCAGCCAAACAUCCCAGGCCAGAGGAGCUGUGGGGGAGCAGAGCCCCAGAGUGCUCGGGAUGAAGGACCUCAGCAUCCCGGUCCCCUAGCAACCGCACUCUGGUCCCUUAGCAACCGCACGGUGAUGCUGUAGCAGGCACAGGCCGGUCCCUUGGCAACCGUCAGGAGGGGGGGAAAGGGAGAGCAGAGCUGGGCAGGAGCUGCUGGGGGCUCAUCCAGCCCCACCCUGAGCCCCAACAGGAGCUGCUCAUCCAGCCUCACCCUGCCCUGAGCCCCAACAGGAGCUGCUGGGGGCUCAUCCAGCCUCACCCCGAACCCCAACAGGGACCAAGGGAAGAGUCACGCCCUGGCAUCAGCCUCAGCCUUCCCUUCCUGCCUAGGGGCAGGGACACAACCUCUAAGGACCCUCCUGGGUUUCCAAGCCAGAAACAGCAGAAAAGUCUUCCCCAAACCAUACACAUGGAUCCAAACCAUCGGAUUUCCACAAUAAACCUUCCCUGCUGGAAGUUUUGGAAAUGUGUCCCACUCUGGGAAUGAUUUCCUGAGCAGUGUUUCGUGAUGGGGAGAGGACACAGAGUGCAGAGAGUUUGCUCCUGUGCCUUGGAGUUUGAUUCUUCCUGCCCUGUAACCCUCAGGGUUGGGAUGCCCAGACCACACAGCCUGGCAUCUCCCAGCAUCCCUGCCUGGGCAAUCCUGCUCCUGGAGCAGCUGCACCUUCUGUGCUUCCCCCUCUUCCUGGGAGCAGCUGGAUUUCUGUGCUUUCCCCUCUUCCUGCACAGGGAAAGUCCCAGGGCUGCAGGAAGGCAAAGCCUCAGAGGGGAGCUGUGUUCUGUAAGGGUCAGAGGAAGCAGAGCCAGCCCUGCAGGAGUUUUUGGAAUGUUGUUUGGAAUGUUGUCCCCCAGCCUGGCUCUGCCCCUGUCCCCAGCACCCCCGGGGAUGUGGGGCUGGCUGGGAUGUGACAAAGGUGCUGCUGCUGGCACUGGUGACAGGCUCAGGUGACAGGCUCAGAGUCGUGUCUGAGGCAGCCCAGGCUGGGAGCUGGCCUGCAGCAAAUCCUCAGCUGUUCCCAAAUCCUCAGUUGUUCCCAAAUCCUCAACUAUUCCCAAAUCCUCAGCUAUUCCCAAAUUCUCAGCUAUUCCCAAAUCCUCAGCUGUUCCCAGAUCCUCAGCUGCUCCCCAAACCCGGCUGGGAGUCCCUGUGGGAUCCCCACAGCAUGCAGAGGAACCCAUGGGCCAGGCAGGAGCAGCGGGUGGGAUUUGUGUGUGAGUCACCGCGGGGGAGGCAGAGCUGCUGCUCAGAGCCACGGCCAGAGGUGGAUGGGCUUUCACCCUGUGCAUCCUCUCAAACACACAUCACAGCCCCUUUAUCCCACGUUUUGCUGUGAAGCUCCUGCCUCACCCUGAGCCGGUGACCCCCCCUUCCCUGCCUCAGUUUCCCCAGAGGACGAGAUCGUGUCCAUGGCCGACUCCACCACCACCGUGGAUGACAUCGAGGGGGAGCUCUUCAGGAUCGAGCGGAUCCGGGAGAUCCUGGUGCGCCGGGAGUCGGAGCUGCGCUACAUGAUGGACGACAUCCAGCUGUGCCAGGAGAUCAGCCGGCUGAAAACAGAGCUCCAGAAACUGCUGGACCUGCCAGAGAACCAGAAAUCCAACGAGGAGAAGCAGAGGGAAGAGGAGCUGGUGCAGCAGAUCCACAAGCUGGUGGAGACGCGGGAUUUCCUGGUGGAUGAUGUGGAGUUUGAAAGGCUCAGGGAAAGGGAAGAGGACAAGGAAAUGGCCGAGUUCCUGCAGAGCAAGCUCUCCAAAAGCUGCCUCCAGAGAGCGACUCCUGUCCCAGAGAAGAAGAUGACAUCGAGGGGACAGCAAACCUCGGCUCCCUAUGUGACCAAGACAGGGCUGGCCCUGCUCAGGGGGUGCUGUGGCUUCACCUGCUCCAUCAUGUAGGGCACUGCCAGCGCCUGGCACAGGACACGGCCGUGGUAGGGGCACGUCCUGGGGACACGGGACGGGCAGGAGGGGCUUCCUUGGAGCUGAUCCUGCCCUGGGGCUGAUCCUGCCCUGGGGCUGAUCCUGCCCUGGGGCUGAUCCUGUCCUGGGGCUGAUCCUGCCCUGGGGCUGAUCCUGUCCUGGGGCUGAUCCUGUCCUGGAGCUGAUCCUGUCCUGGGGCUGAUCCUGUCCUGGGGCUGAUCCUGCCCUGGGGCUGAUCCUGUCCUGGGGCUGAUCCUGUCCUGGAGCUGAUCCUGUCCUGGGGCUGAUCCCAGCCUGGAGCUGAUCCUGUCCUGGGGCUGAUCCUGUCCUGGGGCUGAUCCCAGCCUGGGGCUGAUCCUGUCCUGGAGCUGAUCCUGUCCUGGGGCUGAUCCCAGCCUGGAGCUGAUCCUGUCCUGGGGCUGAUCCUGUCCUGGGCUGAUC